AGAACAUGCUUUCCAGCCUGAAUAGUCCUGAAGACUGAUUUUUGGACCUCUGAUGAUGCUGAUGAUGCCAAUAAUUUUGGGACCGAGGUAUUUCGAUCUGAUCUUCCUGAAAACGUACUGUCCGAGAUGUUGUGCUUUGGGUAUACCAGUGUUACCUUCAGGGUAGAAAAAACCGUUUAAUCUUCUCCAGGUCGCUGUAGUGAACCUCCACAGUACGGUACAGUAUGGCAGUUCAGAGAUAUCGGUAACCUCCUCGACCGCAAGUCAAUUUUUUAGACCAAACUAACUUUGGGAAUCUGCAAGUUUCCAAGGGUAUUCAGAGUUUUAUUUGGUCAAUCAAGGUGUUUUGAACUGCGUACUAAGGUACUACAUUUCUUCUUUAAACGGGACAAGAAAGCGAGUCACUGUGCCACUUUAUUUGGUUUUCAUACUUCUCAUUUUGCAGAGAAUGGGUGUUUUCGUUUUGAACGGUACCAACCACAAGAGCAGAGGAAAGAUUCCGCCUAAUUUGCUGGUAUAUAUAGUUAGGAUGAACUGAACUGACAAGGACCUUUCAUCCCGUUCCAUUCUUCGCCCACCCAGCUGUCGUCAGUAAGUCUAGCCAAAUUUGAGAUUUCAGUGAAGCGAAGGCCCUGAUAAGCUCUGCUUCAGUAGGCAGAAGAACCAGCUACUCACAGUAUAGUUGUUCGUACCGUGCACUCCUUUGCAAACCGAUCUGAUCUUAACGGGAGACCGGACUGCUGGGGAAUAUCAGCUGAGAGAUAUCACAGAAGAGAGACUCGGCUGGGUUUCGAAUUAGUCCCCCGCUGACACCAAGUUCCAUAGCAAAUGACUCUACCUUCCCAGUUGCCCAUAAUUUAAAGUUCAUUCAGAACAGAAUGUUCACAGUAGUUAGGAGAAUGCGCCUACCUGAUGAUCCUCAGAAAGGGCAAAAUCGGCCAUAGAAAGCUUCUCACCAGCCUCAUGAGUAGCAUGUUCCACCAAGAGAUCAGCUAUUAUUUGUCCAAGACUUGCUUCUCUGACCAGUUGGAAUAUUUCACUUCCAUGGUUUUUUUAGUUGUUGUGUCCAGGACCACAAGAAUUUAACGAGAAAAAGUAGUCGAUCGACAUUCUAUUCCUUUCCAGCCAUUAAUGUAAAAUGCUGGCUGUAUCUUCAGAAGCUCACAGCACACAACAGCGAAACACUGGCGGUUAACAUUAGGUUACUCCAGCCGAGAUGGCAUCAAGACUGAAAUCUUGCAGGCUGUUCCAUGAUUGGUAAUAGGAAGCUUUUUGAUCGAUCCUGUUUUGAAUUUAGCCGCGUCGAUCAGAUGACUAGGAUGAUAACUACCCCCGGUAUCCUAGAUCAUGUGUGGAUAAUACUUGAUGCUUUGCUUUUAAGAGUGGCAUUUACCUCUUCGUUGUUCGAUAACGCUUCGGCACAGAAAAUAAACUUACGCGAUGCGUUUUGCAAUGACCUACUUCCACCUCGCCUAUCGUUCGAACAUUACGAUUUAACACUUGGAACUCUGGGGAAGAAAUAUCAUACCCUGGAAUCACUUUUUUCUUCACAAGUGAUGAACGCACUCAAGCCCAUUAUGCGAUUGGAAUGUCUGGACGGCAAUGUCUCUGUUGCUUGUAUCAGAACGGUUCGGACUCAUCUUUACGGAGCGUUUGAGAAACUUCUCUCCCUACCAGGUGAAAAUACUACAUUUGGCCGGAAUCAUUCACUACUAUUUAUAAAUUUCAUCAGUAAGAAUGGUGACUGGCUGGAAAGCACACGCACACUGUUCGCCAUGAGCUGCCUGACCAUUUGUAAAGUACUGUACGAGCAGCAGGAUCAACGGUUCAACUGGUUUUGUCCCAACCCAUGUCAACUUCAAACCUCUUGUGCGUUGGAACACUGUACACCCAGAGGGAUAUUUGCACAUCAUUUCCGCUGUAGGUGUCCCAACGGUCAGGUAUGGAACGAAGAGAUGUCCACAUGUUUGCCAGUAAAAGAAGUCGCGCGAAUAACGAAUACCUGGACACCGACAGAAUGUGAAGAUAAGUGUUACAAAACUGGCACCCUUUCUUGUUAUCCCUCGGCGAUCGAUGACGAACUAUCCAUCUGCCUUUGCAAACCUGGAUUCACUGGGCCAAGUUGUUCGCAGGAACAAAACCCUUGUACUGAGAAGAUUGAACAUAGUGCGCUACCCAGUGGUGGCAUGGUCCUGGCCGGAGACGAUGCCUGUAACGUUCAUAACGGAAACACAUGCCGGGGGCAAAUCUUAGCAGAUGGAACAGUGCAUUACAUGUGCAUUUGUGACGGUGUUCACUGGCAAAAGAAUCACACACUUGGAUAUGAUAACUGUCUGUGGAGAAAAUCAGCGUGUGAUUCAAUCAUUUGCACGUAUGGCCGUUGUGUUUCCAGUGCUUCUGGCAAACUAUGGGUUGGAAUUUGGUCACAGUGGUCACCUUGGGACAAAUGCAGACCACAGUGUGGUGAUCUCCGCUACAGUGUGCGCUCACGAGACUGCCAGUCCAUGAAGCCGGAAGUGGAGAAAAAGUUUGACUGCGUUGGAGCGUCCAUAGAGUAUGCCUCCUGCGCCCCACAUCCUUGCGCACGUUCUGAAGGUCUGUAUAUGAACAGCUACUUUGCCAUCCGCCAAAAUGCUAUGGCAGCCGGUAUUAGUACAGCUGCAAUUUCGUGCGCUAUAGUCUCCGUCUUUUGGCUGGCGUUUCUUUCAACUAUGUUAAGUCGAACCGUGUGGUUACUCGUUAGGUCGAUCGGAACGGAGCGGACAACAUAAAACUCAGCUGAAAUCUUUGAAGUAUUUGACAAUAUUUCACUGUAUAUAAUGGGAGU